AUGAGUCUAUCUCCCUCAGUGCUUCUUUCUCCCUCCCUCUCUUUCUCUCUCUCUCUCUCUCUCUCAGUGUCUCUCUCCCUCUCUUUCACUCGCUCAAUGCCUAUCCAACCCUUUCUUUCACUCAAUGCAUCUCUCUCCCUCUCUCUCUCUUUCUUUCUCUUAGUGCCUCUCUCUCUCCCUCACUUUCUCUCUUUCAAUAUCUCUCUCAUCCUUUCUCUACUUCAAUGGCUCUCCUUCUCUCAUUCAAUAACUCUUACUCUACCUCUCUCUCUUUCAAUGCUUCCCAAUCAUUCUCUUUCUCUCCUUAAAUGUCUCUCUCCCUCACUGCCUCUCUCUCUUUUUAUCAAUGCUUUUCUCUCUCUUUCUCUCCCUCAAUGCGUGCGUGCUGGAUAUACAUUUUGUGACGGACUCUCUCUCUCUCUCUCUCUCUCUCUCUCUCUCUCUCUCUCUCUCUCUCUCUCUCUCUCUCUCUCUCUCUCUCUCUAUUUCUCUCUGUUUCUCAGUUACCAGUUCUUCUUCUUCUUCUUCUUCUUUACUGACAUAGUUCCCUAUCCCACAUACAGCGAGGAGCCUUAA